AUGAAUCAAUUGUGUAAAGUUUGUGGUGAACCAGCGGCUGGUUACCAUUUUGGUGCCUUUACCUGUGAAGGAUGUAAAUCAUUUUUCGGUAGGACAUAUAAUAAUCCAUCGACCAUUGGAGAUUGUAAAAACAACAAUCAGUGUGUAAUUAACAAAAAAAAUCGGACUUCGUGUAAAUGUUGCCGCUUAAAAAAAUGUAUCCAAGUCGGAAUGUCCAAAACAGGAUCUCGAUAUGGACGUCGAUCAAAUUGGUUUAAGUUACAUUGUUUAAUUGAUAAUCAAACAAGCCUGACGACCAAUACAAAUGGAUCAAUUCAGUUAAAUGAAUCUUUUAAUGAAAACAAAGAUCUCGUCAAUCAAUUUAAAUCAGAAGCCAAUUUGAGAGAAAAUGUUAACAAUCAUGUUAAAAAUCCCACCACCAAUGGUAUCAAUAACAACACCAUCAUCAACAACAACAACAACAACAACAAUAAUAGUAAUAAUAACAACAAUGUUAACAAUAAUAACAAUAAAAAUAACAUCAUCAACAACAAAAACAGUUCAACAAACAAUAAUCUCUCCAAUCAUAAUGGUAACAACAACCAUACCCUUCAUAAUAUAACUAAUCAUAGUAAUGUUGUGCUAACAAGCAAUGGAAAUAAAAAUCAAACUCAUGUUUCACCGGGAAAUCAUAACGGCUCUUCGGACGGUCCAUCGCCUUUAUUAACGUUGGGAAGUGAAGGAUCAUCGGGACGUGUUAAUCAUCAUUCAUCACCUUGUUCAAUAAUUGAAGUUGCCAAAGCCUUUGGGUUCUCAAACUUUGAUCCAACCAAUUCCUUCAUGUUACAUCCAUACAGUGAUUCUAAAGCUAACCUUAAAUUGGCAGCGGCCGUUGCUGCAGUUGCCCAAGCAUCUUCUUCAAAAUCAUCUCAUCAAGAUCAACAGCAUCAUUUACAUCCUCAUUCUUUACACUCUCAGUUUAUCCAUCCUCUUAAUAUUUCAUCCUCUUCAUCUUCUUCUCCACCCAUAGUCUCCGGUCAGACCUCACAAGUUAAUCUUUCAACACCGGCCAUUGGUUCAACCAUUACAACACCUUUGUCUAAUUCAUCAAGUCCUAGUAUCACAUCUAAUGGACGUGUAGCAACACCUAAUGAUAAUCUUACCUUUCCAUUUCAUCAUCAUCAACUUGGUAGUCAAUCUCACCAUGGAAUACCUAUAUCACCAAUCGCUCCUAUGUCACCUUUAGAUCCAUCAUCACGUCAUCUUUUUCAUUCUGCUGUUCAAUUGUUUGGCAAAGGAUUUAACGUUUUACCCAAAGAGUUUAACAAUUAUCUUCUAAGUUCAGCAUAUUCUAAUAGACUUUUCCCAAUAGGAUCUAUUAAUCAAGUUUCUAAGUUAACCUCAUCUUCAUCCGUCUCCUUAUCUCCAUCAUCACAUUUUCUAAAUAUCAAAGGAGCUCCACCCUCUCCAAGUGAUAUUAUUUAUGGUAAUGGAUUAUCAUCUGAUCAAGAGAGACCCAUUGACUUGUCACGUUCAUCUGUCAGUGUAAAACCUUUAAAUCCUCAUAAUCGAAACAAAUCAAAGAAACAACCACGACGAGCAACAAGAGGAUCCGAAGAUGAGGAAGAAGAGGAAGAAGAUGCUGAAGAUGCUGAAUUGUGCCUUCACGACGAUAACAAUAAUCCAACAACAGGAGAUGAGGGAAGUAAAAGCUGCAUGAUUGGUGAUCAUGAUUCCGGUUUCUCGCCAUCUUCCAACGAGGACAACAUAGUAACCACACCGCUUGACCUAACAGCCAAAAAAUCGCCAACUCCACCGCCUUCAGCUCCACCCUCAAUGACACUACCUUAAUCGAAUUAUUAAAUAUUGGACAUACAAAGUAAAGUUUACAACAUUUUUCCAUAAAAAAAAAGAUGAGAUGAGCUAAAUUUUCAUCUUCAAUUAUCUUGAAAAGCAUCUAAAGGGCACAAACAUUGGCUUGGAACAAUCAAAUCUACACAAUCCAAGAUAUAGAGUCUUCCAAAAGUCUUCCAAUAACAACAACAAAGCUUAAAUCGUCAUCAUUAUCAUGAUUAUCAUCAUUUUUGCGCUAAAAAAGAGUCAUUUCAAAAUAACAAAGACAUUUUCUUCCAAUUUCGUUGCCAUCAAACGAUCUCAUUUUGAAAACGGGCUAUAACUUUUCCCGUUAAUUUCCAAAUACAGAACAAAAAAUUUUAAGAAAAAGAAAAAGGUUUAUAUUUCAAUUUCUAUUCUUUUUUCUUCAUAUAUUCCAUUAAGAUCAUCAUCAUCUCUUCAUCAACAUCUUCAAAUAUAAAAUUUCCACCAUCAUCAUGAUCAUCUUCCAUCAUAAUUAACCAUUAAUUCUAUUCAAUUUAUUCAAUUCAUUUCACAAUGAAGAUACCUUUUUUCCCUCAUUUUCAACAAUUUAAAUGUUAAUUAUAUUAACAUUUGUGACAACAAUCAGCAACAAAUUUAGAAAUAAUCUUUCAACAAUCAAUGGAAUCAACUUUCCAAUUAACGAUUGUCCAUUUCAAUUACCAGGUCAAAACAACAAUGAUACCCAAUGAUUAUCAUGAUGAUGAUGAUGAUAAUGAUGAUGUCCAAGAUGAUGAUUAUAAUUGUGAUGAAAAAAUGAUCAUUAUGAUGAUCCUGAUAGAGAGUUAAUCUAUAUAUAAAUAUAUAUUAAUACAUACCGAUAGUAAAAGGAUAAUCAGAUUAAUUCCUUUAAUCUACAACAAUAAUCAUCAAAAAAAAAGCAAAGUAUCAACUACAACGACCAAAUAAUCAAUUACUUUUUUAAUCUAAAACUUAAUUGUGGAUGAAAUCAAAUCAAAUAGUUGCUGAUAGCAGGCUGAUUAACUAAUGAUUAAUUUUUUUUAUAUAAAUUGCUAAAAAACAUGAAAAUGAAAAUGUUUAUUAUCAGAAAACUUUUAAUUACCAUAAAUUUUGACGACAAAUCUAUUUAAUCUAAUUGUCCAUUUUUGUACAAAUCGAAAGCAAAACAAAACAAAAUAAAGAGAGUAAACAAUUAACUAA